AUGUCGGUAUCGGUGUUGAAAGGCAUCAAAGUCUUGGAUUUUUCGCGGAUUCUGGCCGCACCUUAUGCUUCACAACUCUUGGCCGAUCAUGGUGCUACUGUGUGGAAAAUUGAACGGCCCGGUAUGUUUUUUACUUCUUAUUUCAUUAUGGAUCUAUAUUAACUUAAAAAUGGCUUUUUACUAACUUUUGAAAGCAAUAAACCUUUUCUAAACGUUUUUGGAGCUUUAUUUAACUUUAAACCUUGAAAAACCUUUAAAUUUUUUAGCUUACUGCUUAAAAUUUUUAAAAAAGAUAUAGUUUAUUUUUUUACUAUCAUUUUCAUCCAAAUUUACCCCGUUUACUAUCUUUUUUACUCCUAAAAAACAUGUUCAAACACAAUAUAAACAGAAAAACCCUAAAUUCCCUCCAAAAGAGAGACAAGAAGAGCAAAACAAGCAGCCCGACCGCGUGUUUCUUUAGCGCAGUGGUUUUUCGUUUGGACUCGGAGGCGAAAGCCGGUGGGUUCGGGGGUCGAUGACGAUUUUGACACGACGGUCUUCUUAGAGCAUGAUGCAGAUAAACAAUGUGUCACUGAGACUUUUCGUCAAAAUUUUGGGUUUUUUGGGGGUGGUUUACUAUUUUUGCUUUCUCAAAGGUACCUUGAGUAAAAAAGUUUUAAAAUUCGAAAUUUUUAGAAAAUUGUUUUGUCAAAACACCCUCCCGCAUCAAAAUUACCCGCCCCGCUCUGGCUAUGGGUAAAAAGUCUUGUCGUCCCCUAAUAUUAUAAUAAGACCUCCAAAACUAUACCUAAUCCGCAUAAAAAUCAAGAAGUCGUAUUUUACACCCCCCACAAAAAAAAUUCUAAAAAUGUCAAAUAAACUUCUUAAAAUGUAACUUCAGGCACGGGAGAUGAAGUUCGACGUUGGGCGCCGCCGGAAAUCAAUGGUCAAAGCUGCUACUUUCUGACUGUCAACCGAAGUAAACAGUCAGUUUGUGUGGAUUUGGGUAAGAAAGAGGGAUUGGAAUUGGCAAGAAAACUGGCUUUGAAAUCAGACGUCCUAUUAGAGAAUUUCAAGACUGGUCAGAUGAAAAAGUUCAGCUUGGACUAUGAAACGUUAUCAAAAAUGAAUGAAAGGUUGAUCUACUGCUCUAUUACAGGUACGGUUAUUGACAAAAAAUUUGUUUUUGGGGAGGGUAGUAAGUAGAGUAGGGCAAAAGAAUGAAUUAGAGUACAGUAGGGUAAGGUAGGGCAGGGUAAAGUACAUUAAGGUAGAUCCGAGUAGGUUAGGGUAGGGUGGGGUAGGAUUGGGCAGGGUAGGGUAGAGUAUGGUGGGGUACAGUAAGGUAGAGUAGGUUGGGGUAGGGCAAGGUAGGCCAUCCUAAAUGAAAAAAACGUCAAACCUUUAGGCUACGGCUCGACUGGACCAUAUGCCAACGACCCUGGCUUCGACGUGAUUGCCGAAGCCAUUGGCGGCUUCAUGAGCAUCACCGGACCCAAGGAUGGAGAGCCAUGUAAGGUACUGUAACAUUACUAACCAUAAAGCCAUGUUUUCUAACCUUACCUUCCCCUAUUGCUAAAUUUUUACCUUACCCCACUAAUUUUACCCUACCUUAGCGUUCCACCCACCCCCCAUCUGAUUUUUUCUGCAAGCCCCCCCCCCACCCUCUUAAAAAGCUAAAAAUAGCAUUUUUCAGGCCGGCGUGGCAGUGAUAGACCUCCUAACAGGUAUGCACGCCUUCUCAGGGAUUCUGAUCGCGCUACUGAACCGUCAACAGACUGGAGAAGGCCAACGAGUCGAGUGUAAUCUUCUCGCCACUCAGAUGGCUACCUUGGCUAAUAUCGCGUCGAAUUACUUGAAUUCGGGAAAGCUAGGCAAAGCUUGGGGUACCGAACACGAAAGUAUAGUACCAUACCAAGCGUUUCGCACGCAGGACGAUCGGUACUAUGUGGUGGGCGCGGCUGAUAACAAGGCUUUUAAGGAGGUAAGACAUUAAGAUUAUCUUUGUUUCGCUAAUAUAAGGUUGUUCAAGUAAUUAUGUGCCCCUUUUAAAGCAAAUUGUCGGGGUUAGGAGGCACAGAAUUAUUUGAACAACUUAAUGUUAAUAAAAAUAUUAAUGAAAUGAAAAUCAAAAGACAAGUUUUUAGAUAAUUAGGUAACAAUAUGCUUAAAAAUUCAGAGAUUAGUUAACAAUAUGAAUAAGAAUUCAAAGAUUAGGUAACAAUAUGACUAAAAACCCACAAAAAUAAAGUUCCAAAGCUUCUUUAUGAUCAUUAUUACCUAAAAAACAAAAAAGUGAUCUACCCUCAACAUAAUAAACUCAAUUUUCAGCUAGUCAACCUGAUGGAUUUACCAGAAUUGGCAGCAGACCCAGACUAUGAAACUAAUCCAAAACGAGUACAAAACCGCGAGAAAUUACUCAAAAUCAUUGGAGAUAGGUAAGGCAGAGAAUUAUUUGAAUAAACUAAUAAAGAAGAUGAUUAUAAAGUUGAUAAAGAGACAAAAUUCUAAAAUUAACAUUUCCAUGGACUUUUUGGCUAAUUUUUUGAUAAAAAUGUAGAUUAAAUGUCAUUUUGCAUCUACUACGCCAUUUUCAAACUAAAAACUUAAUUGGUCCAAAAGUAAAUAGAAAGUUUGUGAAAAAGUCUUACUUUGACAAAUACAACAAUUCUAUCGACUUUUUGACCAAUAUUUCUUUAAAAAUGAAAAGUACAUGCCAUUUUACAGUUACCAUGAAAUUUAGACUAACAUUUUUGCUUUGAUCCAAAAGUAAAUAGAAAAUUUGUGAAAAAGUCCUAUUUAGCUUUCUACGCACUUUUCGACCAAAAAAUGGUAAAAUAUUAGCAUUUUAAAACUCAUUUUCACAUUUUUUCCAUACAAUGAUUCUAGACGCCGUAUUUUACCUAAUUACUAAUUUUCAGGUUCGCCUCAAAACCGCUAGACUACUGGCGAAGCCAUUUGCGCAGCCGCCAUUUCCCCUCCGGACCGGUCAAUAAUAUUGAAGAAGCUUUCGACUUCGAACAAACCAAACACUUGAAUCUGGUUCAACCGGUCGAACACCCUCAAUAUGGACAAGUAAAAACAGUUGGCAACACCACAGUAUACAGUAGCAUUCAUAAUGGUCCACGAAAUGCACCACCGCUGCUUGGAGAACAUACGAAAAGCGUUUUACAAGAGGAAUUAGAGAUUGAUGACAGGAAGUUGGAGGAACUCAGGGAGAAAGGUGUUGUUGGGUGGUAA